AUGGCCGUCAGUCGACGUCUUCUUUUGAUUUGUGUCGUCUGCUGUUCCCUGCAUUGUUCUGCAGAAUUCCCAGAACAAGUGCUUCAUCUGUCAAAGCCAGACUCCUAUCCGCACUACGGACAGCCGUACAGUCUAGAGUGUAACGUCACCAGUUACGCACGUUAUCAGAGCAUCACGUUCAAACGAAACACAGAAGAGAUCUGUCAGAUCUACAUAGACGUCAUAAACAACAAAACGGUUUGCCUGAAUAACCAGAAUGAUACGGCAGACUAUCAGUGUUCGUGUGUUGGAUUCUACGACAAUGAGAGAAUUUACAACGUCAGAAUAACAUCAGUUAAAUUGGUAGACGCAACAAAGUGGACCUGUGUUAGUGUACACUACUUUCAGCACAGCAAUGCCAUCUUCCUAAAUUAUGGUCCCGACAGUGCUACCAUUACCGGAAACCAGCUCCAGUUCCCAGCAGAUGGCGCUAACACUCUACGAUUGAACUGUACGACGAGCGUCACCAACAGCCAUGUGAUUUUCACCUGGAUCUCCAUAAACUCGACAAGCAAAGCUCGCACACUAACAACUACCGGGGCUCUCGUCUCUCACUCAACCUCUGCCGGGUUUACUUAUUCCCAGGAGCUGAUGAUCGCUCUGCGGUGGUACCAAGACGCCGAUAACAUCAUCUGUAGUGUAAGAAACAAAAACGUUUCAAGUUUCAUCCCAGUGACAAGCAGCGUGAAUUUGGAUUUACUCUAUGGUCCUGAAAAGGUUACCAUCACUGGAAGUCAGCCCCAUUUUAUUGCUGAUGGUGUCAACACCCUGACGUUGAUCUGCAAAACCAGUAUAACAAAAGGCCUGGUGGCCUUCGAGUGGAUCAAUGCUACAAGUACAGAACAGAUAACUACUAAUGUUGGGAGUAUCGAGACUCAGAAUGUUGGUCGAGGAUUUACAUUCUCCCAGAGUAUGCAGAUUACACCUGCGUGGUAUCAGGAUGAAGAUGUGAUCAAAUGUGAAGUUACAAACACAAAUAUAUCUGGUUCAAAUCCUUUGACAAACAGCGUCACAUUGGAUUUAAUUUAUUUGCCCCUGAAACAUAACUUCGGGAUCAGUUGA